AUGGAUCCUCAAGAGCGCGUCGGGUCUUCCCACCAUGACCCAGAACGUGUCGCGAAAAUGUACGGCGAACUAGGGAAUAAACUGGUCCAACAUGCCAAACGCACUCAAGCACUCACCCACCUACCCCCAUACCAGACAGAGAUUGUCCGUGCUGUAACCCGUGAAGUUCGUGAUCUGGAGCGCGACACAACCCGCCUCUUAAACCCCUUUGAAGGCUCCUUCAACCCUUCCGCGGAUCCAGCGACAGCAUGUACCCUCCUGGUGGAUCAUCUCUGCAUGCGUCGGAAUAAGCGCUGCCUCCUCGCAUACCACCGCGUGCGUACUGAGAAACUCGAGGAUUUAUGUUGGAUGGGUGUGGAUGUGCUAGAGCAGCAGCAGCCGAGCGAGGGGUCCGAAGAGCGAGGACUCCCGCAGGCGGUUGGGGGUCACAGUUCGCUCAGCCCGGAGGAGGAAGAGUACUUCCGAUUAUAUGGAGAUAUGCUUGCGGCUUAUAAGGGGCAGUGGACAGAUAUUGAUCUCACGGGGACGUUAGAGCCUCCUAAGGAUUUGUUUAUUGAUGUGCGGGUGCUGAAGGAUGCGGGGGAGAUUCAGACGGAGUAUGGCGUGAUCAAUUUGACCAAAAACAGCCAGCUCUAUGUUCGACAGGGAGAUGUUGAACGGUUGAUUGCGCAGGGCUUCCUGGAACGGCUGAAUUGA